UGUUCUGAUCAGUUAUUCAGGACGAUUUUUAACAAUAAAUUUUUAACUUUAACUUGAAUAAAAAUAAAGUUACUCUUCCCUCCGCUACAUUUAACCCAACAUGUUGGAUGUUUGAUAUAAACUGUUGUGUUUUCCAGCAGCUCUUCAUCUUCAUCAUCACUUCCUCCCAGUCUGACCCAGUAGAACCAGUCUGAGCUGAUCCACAUCAAACGAGUUUGUUCCUGAGGAAACAGAGAUUGUUGUGAUUUCAGAGACAGAGACCCAGAGGUCAGAGCUUCCUCCAUCCUGAGGGUCAAAGAGAGAGGAGAAGGUCGUCACCAUGGCAGGUUUACCACAUGAAAACCAAACAUCAUCUCAGACUCCCUCACCUGUAUCACAGAAAGAAAGCAAUAAGUAUGAAGAUUUAUCUCUGGCUCUGCUGAACAUUAAUGGUCUGAGAAACAAAACUCAUGAAAUUCGACACAUUAUUGCUCGUGAUAAGCUCCAUGUUGUGGCUCUGUGUGAAACUAGACUGAACAGCACCGUUAAAGAAAGUGACGUUUAUAUACCAGGAUUCAGCAUGUGGAGGAGAGACAUGUAUGACAACAGUGACAAUAAAGGAGGUGGAGUCGCUCUGUAUGUUCAGGAUCAUAUUAAAACCAGAUUAAGACCCGACCUGAUGAAGGCUGAAGCUGAUGAGAAGAAUCCUAAAGCUGAUGAAGAGAAUCCUAAAGCUGAUGAAGAGAAUCCUAAAGCUGAUGAGGAGAAUCCUAAAGCUGAUGAGGAGAAUCCUAAAGCUGAUGAGGAGAAUCCUGAAGCUGAUGAGGAGAAUCCUAAAGCUGAUGAGGAGAAUCCUGAAGCUGAUGAGGAGAAUCCUAAAGCUGAUGAAGAGAAUCCUAAAGCUGAUGAAGAGAAUCCUGAAGCUGAUGAAGAGAAUCCUGAAGCUGAUGAGGAGAAUCCUAAAGCUGAUGAAGAGAAUCCUAAAGCUGAUGAAGAGAAUCCUAAAGCUGAUGAGGAGAAUCCUAAAGCUGAUGAAGAGAAUCCUGAAGCUGAUGAGGAGAAUCCUAAAGCUGAUGAAGAGAAUCCUAAAGCUGAUGAAGAGAAUCCUGAAGCUGAUAAGAAGAAUCCUGAAGCUGAAGAGGAGAAUCCUAAAGCUGAAGAGGAGAAUCCUAAAGCUGAUGAGAAGAAUCCUAAAGCUGAUGAGAAGAAUCCUGAAGCUGAAGAGGAGAAUCCUAAAGCUGAAGAGGAGAAUCCUAAAGCUGAUGAGAAGAAUCCUAAAGCUGAUGAGAAGAAUCCUAAAGCUGAUAAGAAGAAUCCUAAAGCUGAUAAGGAGAAUCCUAAAGCUGAUAAGAAGAAUCCUAAAGCUGAUAAGAAGAAUCCUAAAGCUAUCAUUUGGGUUGAGAUGGAGUUUCCUGACAGUCGACCAGUUUUAUUGGGAUGUUGUUACAGACCUACAAAAGAUAAAAAAAAAUAUUUUGAACAAAUCAAGGAGACAAUAACUCUGAUGUCAGAGAAGGAGAAAGGUAAAGACAUUUUCCUGAUGGGCGACUUUAACAUAGACUGGUUGUCAAACUCUGAGAAGGAAAAUGCUGAUGUUUUUAUAACUAGUGAGGGUUGGACUCAGAUCGUUAAAGCUGCUACCAGGCUGACUCUAGAUUCAGCAACAUGCAUUGAUCACAUUUAUACUAAUAUAAAAGACCCUUUAGAACCAAAAAACAUUCCUACAGGCUGCAGUGACCAUAACCUCAUUACAGUAAAGAUAAAUAGAAACAUUCCUGAGAGGGAAAGAAACUUUAGAUCAAAAGAAUUUAACAAAGAGAAAUUUCAGGAAGAGAUACAGAAUAAGAUGAAUAAAGUCAAUACAUCUGAUAUAUCUCUGAAGAAGUUUACUGAGGAAUUUCUCAAAGUAGCAGAUGAACAUGCCCCAUUAAACAGCCAAAAUUUUUAUUGUUUACUGAAGUUGAAUAAGCCUUUGGAAGAUUUGGUAUCUAAAAGAGAUAACACAAAAUAUAAAAUGAUACAAAACAUCUAUGACCUUAUAAAGAAAAAAAUAAAACUUCAGGAAAAUAUUAAUAAAUACAUAAAUGAAAACUCAGGAGGUAAAAAUGAUGCUAUAGAGUCAGAAGAAACUUUCCCUUUUCAUUCCCCUAAGAUUGAAGCCUCACAGAAAGAUCCAGAAGGAACUAAUGGUUCACAUUCUGUAGAUAGACAGAGGAAAAGAAGGAGAAGUGGGGCAUUGAAAAAGACUAGACUUGCAGAAGUGAAGACAUGUUUGGAGUAUGUCUGUGAUCAUGUGGUUAAGGUCAUAGAUGAAACUGAAGCUGAACUGAUAAAACUUUCAGUUGAAUUCAUCUCUGCUCCGAUCCUUAAGAUCCUGGAUAGAUACAAAAAGACUGGCAACUUUCCUGAUGAGCUUAAAAAAUCCAAAUCAUUCCCAUUUUCAACAGACAACUAUAGUGAUAUCAGACAGAGCAGUGGUGCUGAAAGAUUACACAUCAUAUUAAAUUAUUUAUUUGAUGUCAUUCUUUAUGAGCAGGCCAAACCGUACUUUAUCGAGGAUGAAAACAAACAAACAAAAUCUAUAGCAACACUUCAAGGAAAACUGGAGCAACCAAAAACUGAUUGGCUCUCACUGGGUGAAGCAAACACAGCAGCUGAAGCUGUGCUCCUGGAUUUCACUUCUUCCUUUGACAAAAUCAGUCAUGAUCUGCUGAUUACAAAACUUCAGAAACCUCAUUACUCAGAUUCAAAUCUUAAACUGAUAGAAAGUUUUCUUUCCAUCCAAAAAGGUUCCUCUGGUUUGCCUAGAAUAAGCUGCCUCUCUCAGCUCUUCCACAUCAUCAUUAUUAAUGAUCUAAAGAAAAACUUAGGACCAUCUGCUGUUAUCUGUAACAAUUACAUGAUGAUCUUUGCACAUGGAGACCCGAAGACGAUAGAGUCAGAGUUAAAUCAGAAAAUGGAGACUGUGAGAACAUGGGCCGAAGAGUUCAACAUUUUAUUUAAAGAGACACAAAAACAGUUCAACAUUUUAUUUAAAGUUAGACGAAAACAGUUCAAACUCUCUGAGCUGUCAGCCAUGUUUAAGAUCCUUGAGUCCAUGAUUCGUUGCCAUGGAGACAAAUCAAACUGGAUCAGAGCUCCUGGGAACAUAGUGAAGCAAAAUGGCGACUGGAAAUAUGACAAUAUCUCAAAAGAACUAGAGCUACACUUUGGUAAAGAAUAUAAAGUUGAGCCUGAUAAUUUUAAAUAAUUCACUGCAGAAAUCUCAAACAGAAAAUCAGGAACGUCCUGCAGGCCCUGCUGGUGGCACCGGUGGCUCUGGAGGUUCAAGGAGGAGAGAAAUAUAAAGAGGAUUCAGAUCCUGGAGGUUUUAUCAAUACAGGCAACUAUAAAAACAUGAAGGUGAUCAAAGUUCAGCUGAUAAAUGCUAAACAAAAAAGCUAAAGUCAAAUGAAUCCGCAGCUCCAGAUAAAACUCCCAGAAAUAUUUAGAAAAUUAAAACAGGAUUUAUUUUCCUGCUGACAGUAGAAACUGAAUCACAAACGAGUCAAAUGACAUAAAAACUAAACUUUGUACGAUUUAUUGUUUGCUUCUUAUUUUAAAGAUUCUUCUUAUUUCUGCUUAUUUUUAUCUUUCUUUUAUUUAGCACAAAGAAUAGAAAACAUUUUAUGAGGAAAAAACACUGUGUUAGUUUAUAAAUCACAAAUAUUAAUGAAUAUCAAUGAAAAUGUGAGUAAAAUAUUGUUAAAUGUCUGAUUUUAACCAAGUACAGAUUGAUUAUAUUCACAGCAGAUAAAUAUAGUUCAUAUUUCUGAAUGAACUGAUUCUACAUAAAAUUAUUUUUUUAUUAUUAUUAAUCUAUAAUCAUGUGUAAGAGGAAAUUAUUUUGUUUUGACUCUGAUCUCAGUUUAUCUUUUGUUUUAAAUUUUAAAUCAAAUAUAUAAUGACAUAAUGUUUUUUGUUUAUUCAAUAUUUUAUUGAAAUAUUAAUUAUCUUUUGAUGAGUUUAACAUGAAUUUUGCUGUUUAUCUUUGUAACAUUUUGUUGUGUUCAUGAAGUUCUAACCUCCACCACCAGGUGUCGCUGUGGGACACAGAAUGAAUGUUCAGCUGAGAAGUUCAAUAAAGGGUUAAAGGUC